AUGAAGCUGCUCCUGCACAACCUCCUAGAGUGCAACAUCAAGGGCGUCGAGAACGGCUACCCGCUGAAGAUAGAGGCGCGAAAAGUGGAAGUGAAGGAGGCAGACUUCCAGGCCGACUUCCUGAAGCGCAUGCUGCAGCGACUCGACUGGAGCGCGCUCGUCCAGGGCGCCAAGGCGAUGGGCGUGCCGGACCUCCCCGAGCAGUACAGGCCCGAGAUGGCGGACGACGAGGCCUUCCUCAGGGCCCUGCACCACGCACUGCUGGAGGUGCACCUGGAGGAGGGCGCGCUGAUAUGUCCGGAGAGCGGGCGGAGGUUCGAGGUCAAGGACGGGGUGCCGAACAUGAAGCUCGCGGAGGACGAGGUGUGA